AUGGAAAUUAUGCCAGAUGAUGAGGCUGCCCUCAAGUUCUACAGCAACGUUCGGAAAUUCCAUCUAUACUACGAGAUCGUUUUGGCCGCAUUGUCGGUGAUCCUCAACUGCUGGGUAAUGUAUCUCGUCCUCACAACACGGAAUCGAGUGAUGAGAAAUUAUUGUUGGGUGGUGUUGAUAAGCAUGUGCGGCGAUUUUAUUUACACUGGAAUCAACUUUAUUACAAUGAUGGUAAGUUGAAUUAUGAAAUAACUACAGUGGGGCCCCAGAUCCAGUGGCAAAAAAGCGUACCAUUUUGCACCCAGGGAGCAUCAAAAAAUGUGGCAAAAUACCUCACUCUCCAAGUGAAAAAACUCAGAUUUGAAAAGCGCGUCCGUUCUUUUUUAGGCUCGCCCUUCAAAAAAAAGUUUUUUUUCACUUGGAGAGGGAAGUAUUUUGCCGCAUUUUUGAUACUUCCCGGAUGCAAAAUGGUACAUUUUUGUGUCGCGGCAAAAUCAAAUUUCCUUUCACUUUUUUGACGCUGCAAAAUUGUGCUCAUUAUUUUCCCGACAGGAUGAUAUUCCACUUUACAGACCGUAGAAGUUAUGGGUGGAAAGCUCGUCUUUCUAAACAUGGGCCCAUUCGAGCAUUACGGUCACCCCUUCAACAUGAUCAUGGGCUGCCUAUGGCUGGGCGGGAUGUACACCACAAUCCUCACGCUUGGAAUGCAGUUCAUCUAUCGGUAUUAUGCAUUGUGCAAAGAGCCACUUCCUCCAACAAAAUUCGCGAUGAUUUACAUGGUUGGCUUGUGUGUUUGCUUUGCCGACAGCUUCAGCGGUUUCUUUAUUUUUGAGAGUAUUAGCGAGGAGAACACAAAAAUGGUUCAACAGCAUCCCAUGUAUUCGAAUGACACGCCCGGCUAUAUGAUUGACGAUCCGGUAAGCGCGAUAGGUUGAAAAAUCCAUGUCUUAAUACAUUUAAGAGCAAACUGGCGCAGUCGAUUCACACAUUCUGCAGUCAGAUGAUUGUCGUGUGGGUGUAUGCCGUGAUUUAUUACACUGGAAAGAGAAUUGGGCAAAAGUUGAAAGAGGCGGAUGGAGUUAUGACAACCUCGACGAGAGACGCGCAGAAACAACUGAACAGAGUUAUGAUACUGCAGGUACGCAAAACCCCUUUGCUUUUUAUUCUCAUGGCGAGGAAUUAGGCACACAGAGCGAAAUUUUCAACAGCGUAUGUCCGUUCAGGGUCAAGAAAACUAAGUCUAGCAAUAACUAAAAUUAGAAAGUUGGUCAUACCGUAAGCCUCCACCGAGCCUUUGCUGAGCGUCCUGUGGCUUUGCCAGGCCGAGUAAACACCUCCCAUGACCUAACUAACGCUAGCAUAAGUUGUCAUAUUGUAAUCCUUUGCCGAUUCUCCACCGAGCCUUCGCUCAGGGUCAUACGGCUUUUCUAGGCCUUGUAAUCACCUCCCAUAACUUUUUCUUUUAUUCUCCACCUUUCCUAAGCUUCGUAUCGAACGAUUAUGAUACGUCGUCUACUUGAAAAGUCGAGACGCUCAUACCGUCCCUCCAUUUCAGGCCGCAUAUCCAGCCGUCAUCGUCGCAUUGCCCAUAAUUAUGGCGACGAUUCUGGCUCAACUUCAAUUCAACAUGCGAUGGUGUGGGAUGUAUCUGGUACCCUCCAUCUCCCUGAUUCCAAUCGCCAAUUCAUUGACCAUUCUCUUUUUGAUCCCCUCGUUCCGUCGGCGGAUUCUUGGGAGUUUCAAAAACCGGAUCUUUGUCCGAUCAGUGUCCAAACCCUUCCCUACGGAGCAGUCCAACGUUUUCAAGACCAAUACGGAAUCGGAUAAUCAUGAUACUUUCGAGCACCUAGUUUAA